CAUACGGGAAUGCAACAUUUAAAUCUCUUCCCUGGUCGACCACGCUGCCUCCCCCUCGAUGAGACUACUAUCGCCCAAGCAUUGCAGAAACUGGGCUAUUCCACUCAUGCCGUGGGGAAGUGGCAUCUCGGAUACGCAUGGAAGGAAUGCUUGCCGAGUAGGCGCGGUUUUCAGUCAUUCUUCGGUAACGUGAUGGGCUCGGCGGAUCACUGGUCCCACAACAAGUCCUCUAUCUUUGAAAAUCAGAAGGUGAAUGGCAAAUCGAUGUAUUACAACGAGAGGAUAUACUGGAAACACGAAGGGACGUUCUCAACCACACUAUACACCAACAGAGCGAGACAGAUUAUCAGAAAACAGCCUAGAAAUAAGCCAUUGUUUCUAUAUCUAGCCUAUGAGGCCGUCCACACACCGCUCAAUGUUCCCGACCAGUAUUCCAGGCCUUACGAAGGUAUCAUCGGCAACUCCAAACGGCAAAAGUACGCAGGACUGGUCAAUAUUUUGGACGAAGCGGUCAAGAACAUCUCGGAAGCUCUCAAAUACAACGGGUUAUAUGAUAACAGCGUCAUAAUAUUCACCACAGAUAAUGGCGGGAGAACCAGGCCCCGAUCCGUCGGGAACAACUGGCCCCUCCGUGGAGGCAAGAGCACGCUCUGGGAAGGCGGUAUCAGGGGGGUGGGGUUCGUUCACAGCCCCCUUAUAUCUUGGGAUCUUCGAGGCACGGUCAACCGACAGUUGAUCCACGUUAGCGACUGGUUCCCGACCAUCGUCAAAGGAAUCGCUGGCGGGAAGCUGGUGACGAAUAAGCCUUUAGAUGGUGUCAACCAAUGGAAAACGAUAUCAAAAGGAGCUGAAUCCAAUCGCCGGGAGAUCUUACAUAAUAUUGACCCUAUAUACCCCGCUGCAAUCUGGACCAGAGAGAAUGAGAGAGAUUUUGGUCCGCUCAACAACCUUCCCUUCAAUGCUACGAUGAGAGCUUCUAUACGAGUCGGAAAUUGGAAACUUUCGACGGGUUUACCUCAUGAGGACUUCUGGGAACCUCCACGCGAGUCAUCACUGCCCUACGAACCGAACGAUAUACGAUGGAGCACACCGGUACGAUUAUAUAACAUCAAGAAAGAUCCUAAUGAGAGACAAAACGUCGCACCAUACCAGAAGAAAGUAGUUUACCGUCUCCUAAAGCGUCUCCAGGAUUACCAGAACACUGCCGUCACUCCUCUUCUGCUUGGUGAGAAGGAUGAUAGAGGGAACCCCAAGUAUCACGGUGGGGCUUGGGUACCUUGGAUGGAUAGAUGAGGGCGCCCCACUUCAAGAAACCUGGACAUUAUAGACAUAUUAAUUGCACUUCCGUGAAGACAUGCAAUUCCAAACCUAUUUUACCAUAACACACGUCAGCUGAUUAAGGAUGCUUUGUGUUGUUUAAGUACGACAUAAACUCUUGUGAUGAUAGUUGCGUAUAACCCUCAGUGAUUAAAUUCCCAACGUAUUCUAUCCUGAACCAGUUCUUUUGUAAGUCAGUAAGCUUUCCGCAAUGUUGAUUCUUCUGAAAGCCAAAAGCACGUUGUCUCUUGUUUUAAAAAUGAGAUCAUGUUUGCUUUUAUCCAGUCAUCACUAUCCCCGAAGCGUAGGACCAGUGCAUUCCUGGCAAAAUGUCUUUCGGAUUAAAGGUGAUUUAUGCUAUAAACACGGAGAUUCUGCAAUUGCUUGUGCUUAAUCAUGUCGAAUUAUUGGUGAGCAUGAUCUAUACUGUGUAAAUGAGAAGGAAGUAACAUCUAUUUGAGGGUCUGAAAUGUCAAUGACACUUAAAAAUGACCACUGCGUAACAUCACAACCGAUUUGUUGUAAGAUUAAGCAUAAUGAAUUUGAUUGUGAGAUUAAGCAAUGGUCGAUUUUUGCAAUUGAUUUAUCCUGAAGAUAGUAAGCUCAUACCGAAGAAUCAAUGGGGACCUAUACCCCUGGUAUAGGUGAACCCCAUGAUGAAGCUUCUUGGGUUAUACUGGGUACCCAUGGCCUACCUAGGAGGAAGGGUUUAAACACGGGGCGAGCACAUGUCAAUACCGCCCCUUCAAACUAUUGAAGACGUGGGUAAUUAAACGCAAAUUCACCACAUUUUACUAAAAUAACCAUGAUGAUACGGAUGGCUUUUCUGGCUAUCAUUCAUAUCAACUAGAUUAAACGUUGAAAGCUCGUUUUUCCCAUAUAUAUAUUUUCCUUCUCUACUGCCACCCCCCCCCCCCCCACCGGUUCCCCGAUUGGCGUACUGUUCCCUUGCAUACUAUACCCCGCUGUUGUGGAAUAUGUAUCGUGGUUUGCCUUGAUGCACCUUGUAUCAAUGGAGAGAACAUGGCGGAGAAACAAUGGGAAAAAAUCAUGAUCUGGGGACUGUUUUAUCAACAUUUUCGUCCGAAAAGUUGUCAGAUUUGACAACUUUCCUUGAUUUUGAUUGACUGAGAUGUACUGUUCCUAUGGUAAAUGUCAGAUAAAACCGACUUUGUCGGAUAAAAAGUCCGAUAGGUCCUUUCAUGAAACGCUCCCCGGGAUAAUAUUUCUCAUCCACACCUUCUGUCACCAUGGUCACACUCGUACACAUCUUUAACCUGUUCAAUAUUUACAUUUGGUUUCAAUUGAUUUGAUCAAUCUUUUUUUUUCAAAAGGAGACUUACCUAAAAUGGGUUCGGUGUAAAAUGUGCAGAGGGAAACAUGGCAGAUGUAAAAAUGUCAACGUUUGAAAUUGCACAGAUAAAAAUGUCAGAGGUGUAAUGGCAGAGCUAAACAUCGUAGAGACGAUGAUGACAGAAGCAAUAAUGGCAGAUCUAAAAGAGGCAUAGGUUCAAAAUGACAGAGGUAAAAAUGAUUUAAAAAUUUGUGCCUCUGCCAUUUUUACCUCUACUAAUUUUACCUUUGCCAUGUUUACCUCUACCAUUUUCACCAUUGCUAUUUUUGCCUAUGCCAUUUUUACCUCUGCCAUAUUUACCUGGCAUCCUAAACGGACCCAAUACAAGACGACGACCAUAAUUGUUGGAUGUAUUAUUUAGCGCGAGAUCUUGUGUGUGUAAGUGUAAAACCAUGAAGAUGCGUCCAUAUUUCCAUGGUAAAUGACAUAUAGUACAUUUGUUUUAUUCCAUUAUUUUAUUUUAUUCUAACCAUCUCCGUUUUCUCACAUUUUGUAAUAAACUGUAUUCACUGUUUUCCUUUUUAUAAUAUACUUAACAAAUUAAUUGUAAAAACGAUAUUUAUUUGAUAAUUAUGAUAUAAGGGAUUCGUGUGACAGGAUGAUAGCAGCAUUGGUAGAUAUAAAAGAUAAUAAAGUCAGAUAAUAAAUCAGGUAAAUUCUAUAGUUAACUA